UGCUGCAACGAUAAAGAUAUGAGUUCAAAUCUAUUUCAAACGACAGCGGAGAAUGGACUGCGACAUGAUAAAAUUGUUAUACUCGAUGCUGGCGCACAGUAUGGCAAGGUCAUAGAUCGCAAGGUGCGUGAACUUCUGGUGGAAUCAGAUAUUCUGCCUUUGGAUACGCCAGCGUCAACAAUACGUGAUAGCGGCUACCGCGGCAUCAUCAUAUCCGGCGGACCCAAUUCAGUGUACGCUGAGGAUGCGCCUACGUAUGAUCCCGAUCUGUUUAAACUGAAAAUUCCGAUGCUAGGCAUUUGCUAUGGCAUGCAAUUAAUCAACAAAGAGUUUGGCGGCAGUGUCCUCAAGACGGAUAUACGCGAGGAUGGUCAACAGAAUAUCGAGAUUGAAACAUCGUGCCCAUUGUUUAGUCGCCUUAGUCGUACACAGUCGGUGUUACUCACCCAUGGCGACAGUGUGGAACGAGUGGGCGAGAAACUGAAAGUGGGCGGCUGGUCAACGAAUCGGAUUGUAACUGCCAUUUACAAUGAGGUCUUACGCAUCUAUGGUGUGCAAUUUCAUCCAGAAGUCGAUCUCACCAUUAAUGGCAAACAGAUUCUCUCCAAUUUUCUCUAUGAGAUUUGUGAAUUGACCGCCAACUUCACUAUGGGCAGUCGAAAAGAGGAUUGCAUACGUUAUAUUCGCGACAAAGUGGGCAACAACAAAGUCUUGUUGCUAGUCAGUGGCGGUGUCGACUCGACUGUUUGUGCUGCGCUGCUUCGACGUGCUGUGGAUCCCAGCCAGAUAAUUGCUGUGCAUGUGGAUAAUGGUUUCAUGCGAAAGAACGAAAGCGAAAAAGUGGAGCGAUCGUUGCGAGAGAUUGGCAUUGAUUUGAUAGUACGCAAGGAAGGCUACACGUUCCUCAAGGGCACCACGCAAGUAAAGCGAGCUGGACAGUAUUCUGUCAUUGAAACGCCCAUGUUAUGCCAGACCUAUAAUCCGGAAGAGAAGCGAAAAAUUAUCGGUGAUAUAUUCGUAAAGGUGACCAACGAUGUGGUCGCCGAACUAAAGCUAAAGCCAGAGGAGGUAUUGCUGGCACAAGGAACACUCCGGCCCGAUUUAAUUGAGUCCGCAUCCAAUAUGGUCAGCAAAAAUGCCGAAGCCAUCAAGACGCAUCACAAUGACACGGAUCUGAUUCGGGAGUUGCGCAGUGCUGGACGCGUUGUGGAGCCACUAUGUGACUUUCACAAGGACGAAGUACGCGACUUGGGCAAUGAUCUUGGCCUGCCAGCGGAUUUGGUCGAACGACAACCUUUUCCAGGCCCAGGGCUUGCCAUUCGCGUACUGUGCGCCGAGGAAGCGUACAUGGAAAAGGAUUACUCCGAGACACAGGUCAUAGCACGGGUUAUUGUGGACUACAAGAAUAAACUGCAAAAGAAUCAUGCGCUCAUAAAUCGAGUGACAGGCGCCACCAGCGAAGCUGAGCAAAAGGAGCUGCUGCGCAUCUCUGCCAAUUCAGAUAUUCAGGCCACGCUGUUGCCGGUGCGUUCGGUUGGUGUGCAAGGUGAUAAGCGCACGUACAGCUACGUUGUGGGUUUGUCAACGACGACCCAGGAGCCCAACUGGUCGGAUCUGUUAUUUUUGGCUAAGAUUAUACCGCGCAUAUUGCAUAACGUGAAUCGGGUUUGUUACAUCUUUGGCGAACCUGUGCAAUAUCUGGUGACGGAUAUAACGCACACAACGCUUAACACUAGGGUUCUGCGGCAACUGCGAGAAGCGGAUGCCAUUGCCAACGAGAUUAUAAUGCAAGCGGGACUGUACAGAAAAAUCUCACAAAUGCCCGUUAUUCUCAUACCCGUGCACUUUGAUCGUGAUCCCAUAAAUCGUACGCCUUCCUGUAGAAGAUCGGUGGUGUUGCGUCCAUUCAUAACGAACGAUUUCAUGACUGGAGUGCCAGCUGUGCCCGGUUCAGUUCAACUGCCAUUGCAAGUUCUAAAUCAAAUUGUGUGCGAUAUAUCGAAAUUGGUUGGAAUCUCGAGGGUACUGUACGACUUGACAGCCAAGCCGCCCGGCACCACUGAGUGGGAAUGAUGCGUUCAAACCAAAACUUACAACAGCCAUUUCAUAGAAAUAGAAAUAUGUAGAAACAAUAAACUACUGCAUGGUAAACAAUACAGAGACGCAUGGGACAAUAGCAGAUGUCGCUGCCGCUGCUGCAACUGCUGCUGCUGCUGCUCAUCUAAUCUUGGGACAGCCAACAGCUAUAGUGCUAAACUGAGAGCAACUAAGCGUAAAUACAAUUAGAGUGCCGCUUUAACAAAACAUAAACAAAAAAAAUAAGAAAAAACAAAAUAAUAACAACCAACAAAAUAA